AUGCAGGCGGCGAGAAAUUUGGAGAAAAGAUUCUCAUUAGACAGCAUAUCUUCACGUAUUAUCGCACGCCAUUGGGACCAGGAACAACUAGAUCAACUAGACCAACAGCAGCAAAACGAACCACCGUUUGAUACAUCGCAACCGACACAGUCACAUCUCAAAUACCAAAGGCCAAGGCCGAGGCAAAGGCAAAGGAGGACCCAAGAUCUUGGUCAAUCCUUAAGGGACCAAAAUCAGGACCCCAGCCAUAUCUUGACCCAUAUCCUGGAUCAGAAUAGCCCCGAGUCCAGCCAACAACAAGAACAACAAGAAACUCAGAACAGUUUGAGCCGUAAUUACAACUGUCACUGCACCAACUCUCCUUGUGAUUGCUUUGUGCUUCUGACAAAGAAAAUAGAUAUGCUACAGAAAGAUCUAAACGUAGCUGUAGAGGUGGGGCAAGCCUUAUUAAAGACACAUGAGGACUAUGUGGCAGAAUCCCAAGCAGAGGCUGCUCAAAUGGAAGAGUCUAUCAACUCGAUGACCUUAAACUUGCAGUCGGUCAUGAGAGAAAAUGAUAAACUACUGGUUAAUAAUUCCGAGUUGAUCAGUCAAUUGCAUGAGAAUUCAAAGGCUCUGCAAGAGUCAGAUUCCAAAAUUGAGAAGCUGUCACAUGAACUGAACUCGUCAAAAGAUCGAAUCAUACGACUAAAUACAUUUAUGCUUCAAGCCAAAGAGCUAGAAGCUCAGAUAAGUUCGCUGGAGAUGAUUCGCCAGGGAUUACAGGAUGACCUGCAACAAACAGAGAGAGAGAAGCAGCUUGCCGAACUCAAGUGGAGAAAAGCUGAGCGUUUACUUGAGAAACUGACUGACCAAUAUGAAAAACUCGAAGAAGAAUCUGUCCAGAGCCAGAAACCUACUGCAUCAAGACUAGCUUUUCUUAAUGAUCAGUCUAUCAAAAAGACCAUUAGUGAUUUACAGAAGAAUGUGCUUGGUGCCAAUGAACGGGCCAAUAUCCCAGCUACGUCCACUCCAGUUAAGUACAAACAUGAGACCUGGUCAGCCAACACCAGCUCUCAACAGCCUCAGUUCCCUAUGCUGAUAUCACCACCAUCAAGUGGUAAACGGGGUAGAUCUCACUUGCGAAAUAGCUCCAAGAGUACACUGAAUGGCCAGCCACUGGGGCCAUUAUAUGAAGACGAGUCAUUUCGCGAGUUUUUUGGUGAUGAGUCUGCUGACAGCAGCUUUCCUUACUACUCGAGCAAUCAACACGAUAUCAAACGAGAGUAUGUUCUCAGUUCACCUCUUCAUAGUAGACAGAACAGUUGCCUUGCAAACGAAUACCGUACCGCAUCUGACAACUAUGGCAGUGCUAGCGGCAAAGAUUCUCCUCUCGACUCCUCGAGUCAUGAACCAAUAAGAAAUACGGUUGAGUUCAAUAAUGGUCUACCUACUCCUAACGAUACUCUGGAACACGAAAUAGAUCUCCCAGAGACUCAGACAUCGUCAGAUGAUAUUAAUCAUGAAGAACGUAUGGACGAGUCCAUUAAUCAGGAUAGCGAUAGAAGCGUCACAUCUAAUACCGAAUCAGUAGAAUCAACACCAGCAGGACCAUCCAGCCCUACUGAUUCGAUCAAGUCAUCUGCAAGCACUGCCACAAGUAUACCUUCGAGCGCCUUGACACCCAUAAGUCCUAGAUACGAGCCAAUGCUACGCAGAGCAGCGUCUCAUGAAAGCAUAUUCUCUGUUUUUGUUGAAACUCACCUUCAUAAUGGACACAGUCGUAAUUCAAGCACCACAACAGCAGCAAUUGACCUAUCACCAGCACUAGGACCGUUCAGUCACAAGGGUCUACCGUCGUUUUAUAGUCAGCGCACUGGAGUUGCGUUGGCAGAGAUAUCUACUGAAAUGUCACUAGCACCUCCAUCGAAACUACUCAACCCAGAAUAUUCUAAUUCACAGCGAAGCAGACAAUUGCUCUUCGCAGCCAUUUCAAAUAAUACAAAGCAAGCUGUUAAGAUACCAGCCCGACGCAAUUCUAUAGAAUCAUCAACAACCUCGGACUUAUCGGGUUCAUCUGACCAAGACCGCCCAUCCUCAUCGUGGGCAUCUCUUUUCUCGCGACUGAGAAACCCCACAUCCACGACAAAUACGACCCCAACUUCUACACCCCGUUCUCCCGCAGACACACUAAUAGCCAAGAUUCUCGCCGACCCUAUCCAGACCCACGUCCUAGCUUCACCCAGCGAUGUUUCCGAGGCGAUGAACUCAACAAUCUUAUAA